UCGUGGACUUUCAGUUUUCAUAUCCAUAGUUUGAAAACUAAUUGGAUAUGGUCUCUCGGAAUUUUGAUUGCUUUUGAACCGUUGCUUUGAACAAUGUUCUUUAUUGCGAUAGAUUUUUAAUGCCUCAUAGUUACAACAGUUGAUUUUUGUUUGUGUAGACCAGAUGUUGAUAUGAGAGGUGCAAUAAUGGGUGCUUCUCCUCAUGCCGUUGAAGCUAGACACCGCUUGUCUACUUCCGUUGAAGACUUGUACAAACGAAGAUUGCCAAGAAGUAAACUCAGAGAUGACCUGGAGAAGCCAUUACACUUGCACAUCCAAGAUAGGAGCCCAAGAUGCAAGUUCUCUUUCUUGAAACUCAUCCUAGUAUUAAUCAUUUGUGGCACUUCUGUAACGCUCAUCUACGCUCCUGAGGCUUAUAAUGCCAACAACUUAGCCAGCUCUAGCUCUCGGUGGAUAUGGGGUGGUUCCGAUUCUCGGUACAUUUCAAAUCUGGACGUCGAUUGGGAUAACACAUUGAAAAUCACUGGGAAGUUGAUUAAGAAAGAUGAAUUCCAAGGGAUUGGCCUUCUUAAUUUCAAUAAGAGUGAACAAGGCCACUGGGAGAAGCAAUUUCCUGAUGCCACCCACCAUGCUUUGCACCUGGACUAUGCUGCAAGAAACUUGACAUGGGAGUCCCUUUACCCAGAAUGGAUUGAUGAGGAAGAAGAGGAGCAAGUUCCAGUUUGCCCGUCUCUACCACGCCUUCGAUCUCCCAGAACAAGGCUUAAUCUUAUAGCUGUGAAGCUUCCUUGUAGAAAUGGUGGGAAUUGGUCUAGAGAUGUUGCCAGGCUACAUCUACAGCUGGCAGCCGCUGGUCUUGCAGCCUCUUUCAAAGGCAAUUACUCUGUAUAUGUCCUUUUCAUUACCAAUUGCUUUCCAAUUCCAAAUCUUUUUACCUGCAAAGAACUUGUUGGACAUGAAGGGAACGCUUGGUUAUACAGACCAAACCUAAGUGUUCUAAGACAAAAAGUCCAGAUUCCUGUAGGAUCCUGUGAACUUGCACUUCCUAUGAGAGGCAAAGAGCUGGUUUACACGGGGAAUGUUCACAGAGAAGCUUAUGCAACAAUUCUUCACUCAGCCCAUGUUUACGUGUGUGGAGCUAUUGCUGCUGCACAAAGCAUCCGCAUGUCGGGAUCAGCUCGAGAUCUCGUCAUCCUGGUGGACGAGACAAUUAGCGGCUAUCACAGAAGUGGCUUGGAAGCUGCAGGGUGGAAAGUAAGAACAAUCCAGCGGAUCAGAAACCCAAAAGCUGAAAAAGAUGCAUACAAUGAAUGGAACUACAGCAAGUUCAGAUUAUGGCAGCUCACAGAUUACGACAAGAUCAUAUUCAUCGAUGCAGAUUUGCUUAUUCUGAGAAACCUAGAUUUCUUAUUUGGCAUGCCAGAAAUUACAGCCACCGGAAACAACGCCACAUUCUUUAACUCAGGCGUCAUGUUGAUUGAGCCAUCAAACUGCACAUUCCAACUUCUCAUGGAUCAUAUCAACGAGAUUGAGUCCUACAACGGCGGUGACCAAGGAUAUUUGAAUGAAAUAUUCACGUGGUGGCAUCGAAUCCCAAGACACAUGAACUUCUUGAAGCACUUUUGGGUUGGUGAUGAGGAAGAAAAGAAGCAAAUGAAAACCAGACUGUUUGGUGCAGAGCCUCCAAUCCUCUAUGUGCUUCACUAUUUAGGUGUGAAGCCAUGGUUGUGCUUUCGUGACUAUGACUGUAACUGGAACGUUGAUAUAUUUCACGAGUUUGCGAGUGAUGUGGCUCACAAGAGAUGGUGGGAGGUACACGACGCGAUGCCUGAGGUUUUGCAGCAGUUUUGCAUGUUGAAAUCGAAGCAGAAGGCACAGUUGGAGUGGGAUCGAAGGCAAGCUGAGAUAGCAAAUUACACAGAUGGGCAUUGGAUAAUUAAGGUGAAAGAUGGACGCUUGGAGAAAUGUAUAGAUAAUCUGUGCUCUUGGAGAAGCAUGUUGCGACAUUGGGGAGAGAGCAAUUGGACCGACGAUGAAUCUUAUACUCCAACCCCACCUGCCAUCACCACACUGCCUCUUACUGCUUUAUGAUUUGUGAGUUUCAAGUUUUUCGGUUUGUUCUCAUUGUCCGAUCCCCGAGUGUUAGGAAAUUAGGAUGAGGGAUACCAUUUCCGCCUUGGUUGUUUCAGUCUUUUAGAGGACUUUCUCAGAUUUAAUGGAAAAUAAUCGGCUCACCCAAAGUUAUCC